CCGGUCCUGGAGCGCCGCGCUGUGCAACCCGGGGCCCCACCGAUCUUCGUUUGGCCAGGGCGAGCUGCAACUUCCAGAUUUCUUGACGUCAAUUCUCCCGGCAGCCGUUCGAACACGACUCGUAAACAUCACCACAACCAAGUCCCACCAAGGAUAACCGCGUCGGGAUGCGCAACCGGUACAUCACCCUCUUGAUUAUGCCCAUAAUCCUAGCGGCGCUCUACCAAAGCAGGACAGCCCUCUUGCGCACCUGGAGCACGUCGCCCUUUGCAUCGCGACUCGCGUGGACCGCCUCGACCAUCUCGGCCCACAACAAAAUGUCCACCUUCCAGCACCCCGACUACCACAUCCCCAUCACCCUCCCAACCGGCCUCUCGCAAUCCCAACUCCUCGCCUUCCCCCCUUUCAAUUCAUGGCUCACCACCCUCACAACCUCCCUCACGACCCAGCACACCACGCCCUCCCACCCCUUCCACACCAGCCCCUACACCCUGCACGCCAUCACCAUCCAAGCCUUCGACCUCUUCGGUCCCAACCGCCUAGGCUUCGUCAAACUCACCUCCACCAUCACCAACGCCCACGGCGAGGCCCUCCCCGGCGCUGUCUUCCUGCGCGGCCCGUCGGUGGCGAUGUUGGUUAUGCUUAUUCCCGACGAUGUGCCUACUGAUUGUGGGGAUGGUGGGGAUGAUCGGGACGAGAGGUAUGUGCUGCUGACGGUGCAGCCGCGGGUUGCGGCGGGGAGUUUGGAGUUUGUGGAGCUGCCGGCGGGGAUGGUGGAUGAGGAGGGGGGUUUUGCGGGGCAGGCGGCGAGGGAGAUGGAGGAGGAGUUGGGGAUUGUGAUUGGGGAGGGGGAGUUGGUCGGGUUGAGUGAGUUGGUUGGGGGGGAUGGGGAUGGGGAUGGGGAGGAAGGGGGUGCUGUCGGGGAGGGGGGAGGGUUGCCGAGGGCGGUGUACCCCAGUGCCGGGGGGUGUGAUGAGUAUAUCCCGAUUUAUAUGCAUGAGCGGCGCGUGCCGAGGGCGCAGCUUGGGGAGUGGACGGGCAAGUUGACGGGGUUGAGGGAGGAGGGGGAGAAGAUUACGCUGAAGUUGGUAAGGAUGAGGGAUCUGUGGAAGGAGGGGGCUAGGGAUGCGAAGUGUCUCGCUGCGGUGGCGCUGUGGGAGGGAUUGAGGAGAGAGGGGAAGAUUUAGGUGGGGUAUGGUAUGUAUGCUCUCUCUAUUCCCAGUCUUUUUUCUCUAACUUAACGCGCGCAUCUACUCGUUGUGGUGGGACGCCUGGCCUGCCCUUAAAGCUUGAACUUUUUGGCUAUCUCCAUGCCCUCGGCGAGGUUGGCUAUCCGGGCGUCGAUGGCGUAGCCUUUAGCUUCAAGUUUGAUGCAUUCCUCCCACAGGUCGGCCAGCUUCACGAGGAACACC